AUGAACGGGUUCGCUCUUUGUUUGCUGGUGAUAUUGGCAGCUGAUGCUGUUAGAUCACAGGGUCCUCCCACCCAGACAAAGAAGGGAAUCCGACCUGGACGACCCAAUGACAACACUGAUCGGGGACUUCCUUCCGGAGCGGAUGUUCCAGACGGCACUCGGUUCGCUCCCGCCCCAACCCAAACACGCGCAGGAGCUGUUCCACCCACAGCCGGCCGACCAGCUCCACCAGCCGCUGCAGGUCCAGCAUCACCAGCCGGCGCCGCACCGGUUCUAUCCGGUCCUCCUCCUCCCGCCCGCCGACCUGCACCACCCGCUGCCCCGGCCGGACGCCCCAAUGACAACACUGAUCGGGGACUUCCUUCCGGAGCGGAUGUUCCAGACGGCACUCGGUUCGCUCCCGCCCCAACCCAAACACGCGCCGGACCUCCUCCUGCCGGCCCUCCUGCUGCUGGAUCACCACCACCGGCAGGAGCUGUUCCACCCACAGCCGGCCGACCAGCUCCACCAGCCGCUGCAGGUUCAGCAUCACCAGCCGGCGCCGCCCCGGUUCUAUCCGGUCCUCCUCCUCCCGCCCGCCGACCUGCACCACCCGCUGCCCCGGCCGGACGCCCCAAUGACAACACUGAUCGGGGACUUCCUUCUGGCGCCGAUGUUCCCGAUGGCACUCGCACCCGCUCCGGACCACCGCCGCCGUCUUUCCGUGCCGCUUCUGCUCUUCCCGCUGCUCCUGCUGGACCGGUUGCCCCUUCACGCUCCGCAGCUUUCUUCAACUACCUCGCACCAGCUGCCCCAGCGGUUCCUGCCAUGCCAUGCGAGGCCUUUUGUGAUAUGACGUCAUACAAGCCCGUCUGCAGUAUCAAUGGCAACCAGUAUGACAAUGACUGCCUGCGUGAAUGCGCCGGAGAGCCCCGCCAAUGCGAGAACCCUUGUCCCUGCAACGCAUCACCAGUCGUGUACGCGGACACCCCGAUCGUCAGCGAGUGUCCAUUCUGCCCCCAGGAUUGGGACCCAGUAUGCAUCGACAACGAGGAAACCGUCCAGAACGAAUGCAUUGCAAAAUGCCAGGGCAAGACAAUCACGUGCUCUUCUUCAUGCCCCUGCUAAAACCAUCCGGGACACGUGGCUCAGAUCACAUGAUCAAGAUGGCGGAUGUGGUGAAGACUCGUGCUCUGUUGUUAAUAUACCAGUAUCGAUAUUUUUAAGCCGUAUGCAUGUAUUUAUUGGAGUAUCAAAAAGAGAAAAGAUGUUCAGCUGAGUUUUGUUUUUUCAUUAAUACAUCGAAAUAAAAAUGAAAUACGUC